AAAGGCGGCGGCGGCGGCGGCGCCCCCCGCCUCCCGGGGCAGCCCCGCACCGCGCUCGUCGCCCGGCCGCCGCUAUGUACCGCUGCCUGGGCGAGCAGCUGGCCUCGCGCCUCGCCGCCACCGCCGGCUCCGAGCCAGCCGGGGCCGUGGUGGUGGCGGCGUGGGGCCGCGGCCGGUGCCCGCGGCGGCGCUACUGCGAGGCGGCGUCCCCGCGGCAGGAGGACGACCCCAACUUCUUCAAGAUGGUGGAGGGCUUCUUCGACCGCGGCGCCAGCAUCGUGGAGGACAAGCUGGUGGAGGGGCUGCGCACCCGCGAGAGCAUGGAGGAGCGGCGGCACCGCGUCCGCGGCAUCCUGCGCAUCAUCAAGCCCUGCAACCACGUGCUCAGCGUCUCCUUCCCCAUCAAGCGCGACAACGGCGAGUGGGAGGUCAUCGAGGGCUACCGGGCGCAGCACAGCCAGCACCGCACCCCCUGCAAGGGAGGUAUUCGUUAUAGUUUGGAUGUCAGUGUGGAUGAAGUGAAAGCCUUAGCAUCUCUAAUGACAUAUAAAUGUGCUGUUGUUGAUGUGCCAUUUGGUGGGGCAAAGGCUGGUGUCAAGAUCAAUCCCAAGAACUACACAGACAAUGAAUUGGAAAAAAUCACAAGAAGGUUUACCAUGGAGCUGGCAAAAAAGGGUUUCAUUGGUCCUGGAGUUGAUGUGCCUGCUCCUGAUAUGAGCACAGGGGAAAGGGAGAUGUCCUGGAUUGCUGACACCUAUGCCAGUACAAUAGGACACUAUGAUAUUAACGCACAUGCAUGUGUAACUGGCAAACCCAUCAGCCAGGGUGGGAUCCACGGGCGUAUAUCUGCAACUGGUCGUGGUCUCUUCCACGGUAUUGAAAAUUUCAUCAAUGAGGCAUCGUAUAUGAGUAUAUUAGGAAUGACUCCGGGAUUCGGGGAUAAAACAUUUGCUGUUCAGGGAUUUGGUAACGUGGGCUUGCAUUCUAUGAGAUACUUGCAUCGGUUUGGAGCAAAAUGCGUUGCUGUUGGAGAAUUUAAUGGUUCUAUCUGGAAUCCUGAUGGAAUUGACCCAAAGGAACUAGAAGAUUACAAAUUGCAACAUGGGACAAUCAUGGGCUUCCCUAAAGCACAGACACUUGAGGGCAGUAUUCUGGAAACAGACUGUGACAUUCUCAUCCCUGCUGCCAGUGAAAAGCAGUUGACUAAGGCCAAUGCUCACAAGGUCAAAGCAAAAAUUAUUGCUGAAGGUGCCAAUGGGCCUACGACUCCUGAAGCUGACAAAAUCUUCUUGGAGAGGAAUAUCAUGGUUAUUCCUGAUCUUUACCUGAAUGCAGGUGGUGUAACGGUAUCCUAUUUUGAGUGGCUGAAAAACUUGAACCACGUCAGCUAUGGUCGCCUGACUUUUAAAUAUGAAAGGGAUUCAAACUACCACUUGCUCAUGUCUGUCCAGGAAAGCUUGGAGAGAAAAUUUGGGAAACAUGGUGGAACUAUACCAGUUGUGCCUACAGCAGAAUUUCAGGAUAGGAUAUCAGGUGCAUCUGAGAAGGAUAUUGUCCACUCUGGGUUGGCUUAUACAAUGGAGCGUUCUGCUCGGCAAAUCAUGCGGACUGCCAUGAAGUACAACUUGGGUCUGGACCUGAGAACAGCUGCCUAUGUCAAUGCGAUUGAGAAAGUCUUCAAAGUCUACAAUGAGGCUGGCCUGACCUUUACAUAAGCAGGCCGUCACUGCUCCUUGUUGUAUCCCAUCCCUCUUGCCGUAAAUGUACCCUCUUCUUGGAAAAGCUUAUCACACGUUUACAUGUAACCACAAAAAUUUCUUUUCUUCUGACAUUAUAGUGGAUUCUAUUCUCAAUUAGUUUCAGUCCAAACUAGUCUUUUUUUUUUUUUUUUUUUUUUUACAAUAAAACCCCAUGGAUUAGGAAAUUGUAUACAAGCAUGUAUCUGAAGGUAACAGUUCAUCUGCACUUGUGGGGGCCAUUCUGAGUAUUUCACCUACAAAGCAAAAUGGUACAUUUUGUGUGUGAACGAGUGGUCUUGCCACCUGAGCCACUUCUCAAACUUCAAAUCAGAUACUGUACUAGAUGAGCACUUAGCUCAUUAUUACUUCAUGCACUUUUGUUUAAUGUAAUUUUAGCUUUGGCACUUUCAAUAAGGCCUUGUAUGAUCAAUGCUAUUGCAUUGUCAGAGGAAGAAUUGGCCUCUAGCAGGGAUUAACUUUGAUAGGAGUCUAAUUUUUAUUUGUAGUAAAGCUUCAGGCCUGGUUCUCUUUAGGCAAUGUUUUUUCUUUACUGUGCUGCUGUUAUAGGACUGCAUUUUAUUGCUUGUUCAAGCUAGCUUGACCAUCACCAUGAAGUAUAUGUAGAGUCAACAAACUAAUAUUUUUAUAAGCUGAAACUAUCAAGCAACUCUAGUUACAUUUUUAAAAUCAAGCUUUAUGUAAUUAUUCUGACUACAGGUUUUCUUUUUUUUUUUUUAAGGGAUAGUUUGAAUUUUGGUAAGCAAUCAUACCUAGGUUUUUAGCAUUUGUUUUCACUCUUUUCCUUUUGGAGGCUUUUUGAAAAUUAGAUGUUGCCUCAGUGAACAACUAUAGUGAAAUUGAACCCAGAAGUUAUUGGCCAAACUACGGAGGAGCUAAAAUGCUGCUAUAAACUUAAUCCACUGUCUUAACACAUAGCCUUCUUUCUUUUGGGUCAUCAGAAGAUCUCUAAAGUUUUGUUUUGAACAUAUUCGAAUAUGACAAAAUGGACCUCAACACAAUAUUGUGUCAAGCACAGUUCUUAAAGUUCAAGGCUUUUGUCCAGUGGCAUCCCCUUGAAGUGCCAGAUGUUAUUUAUAUAAUUAAUGUUUUUUUUAAGAAAGACAACUAGUCCCUCCCAGAAACUCAUGCUUUUUUCUAUCUACUUUGUAACUGCAUGACAUAACAUGGAGAGAAGAGCAGUUAUUAAAAAAAAGUUGACCUUUCCAAACCUA